UGUCAAUGUCAAAUCAAUCCAAUCAAAAAGUUCAAAUAGGUACAUGCUUUCUUGUUGUGAUUUUUAGGAUUUUACGUAGUAUUAUAUAUUUUAGUUAAGGGGAAAUUCAUACACAUAUAAAAUUUCAUAUACAAUUAUACAACAUGCACACAGAAGAUACAGAGAACUUUUUGUUACUGUGUAAUUUUGAUGAACAGUAUUCUGAAGAGAAAGGGAAUAUUAGCAAGUUGUGGUCUGGAAAAUGGCAAAUAGAAGACACAGAUAUUUGUAAAGAAAUAUUACUGACAGAACUCGAGCCUGAUGCUCUUAUAGAUCUUUUUAAAAGGUACAGGGAUCAAGAGAAACAAACUCAAAUGAUAUUGGAUAUAGCCAUCAAAGCAUUUUUGACUUUCUGUGAUGUAAACUGGAAUUCUCAUCCAGAUGAUUUGAAAUUGGAAGAAUAUUUAGGGACAAGCUGGCCAGUGAACAUAGAUGUUACCUCAAAACUUCAAAGAGAUUCAGAACCUAUAUUUGUGAAUAUUUUGUGUCCUGAACUAUUGUAUUUAUCUUCUCAAAUCUUCAAUGCGCUGUAUGCCAUUGAUGGGAAACUACUUCAUCUAUGGUGGAGUUUCAGGGCUAAAGUAGUCCAUCAGAGAAUCCUCGAAGACACCAGUGCUACAUUGUAUUCGGACCUGGAACUGACCAUAGCCAAGCUGUCAAACGAGCUUCAAAGCUUAGCCAAACCACGGCUACAAAUCUUGCUGUGCUUAGAAAUAGCACAGGCAUACUUGUUGUAUGCCCGAGUCUAUAAGAUUGAGGAGUAUUUAUUGAAGGCGAGGGAAUUGGCCGGAUUGAAGUUAGAACUUACAGGCAUCCUAGGUAAAAGGACAAAAUUCCAGCAGAAGUCUCUACCACAACUGGCUCUGUCUAGCGAAUUAGACUCCGAAGUGGACCGUCCAUCCGCCGAGGAGAGCCACGGCACUUCGGAACUGCCCCCUGACAUAGAGUUGCAGGAUGACGUGAGGUUGCACAAGAUACAUUACAAUGAGGCAAUCAAUCAAGCCGAUUUGCCUAGUCUGGAGCAGACAUUGUGCUUAUUGACUGUCCAAUAUCUUCAAAAGGCACAGCCUAAAGAUGAAUUAACUACUGAAGAGUUGCAGCCGUACAUUGCUACCAUUCUGUCCCAAAGCAAGGGUCCAUGGUCCACUAGAGUAGCCGCCCUGCUCAUCCGCUGUAAACUGGAAGCGAAUCACAAGCGUACUGUGGAACGCUCCAUGUUGCAGUGCGAAACCAUUGUUAAUGAUAAAACUUGCGUUUCGUCCACUAGUAGGUUAUCAUACCUCUGGGCCAGCGGUCUACAACCAGCUUGGACCUGGAGGCAGCAACUGGCGGACUUGUACCUCAGUCUGGGGCUGAGCAAGGCCGCCUUGGAAGAGUACCAGCGACUGCAGCUGUGGGAGGAUGUGAUUGUGUGCUACACCAUACUGCAGCUGCGGCACAAGGCAGCGGAAGUGAUACAGCAGCAAAUUAAUAUAAAGCCUACAGUCAAGUUGUACUGUCUCCUUGGAGAUGCUACAGAUGACGUCUCUUGCUAUGAGAAAGCGUGGGAGUUCUCCAACCACAGGAGCAGCCGGGCGCAGCGACACUGGGGCAACUAUCUGUUUAGUCGUAAAGAGUAUGAACAGUGCAUACCGCAUUUUGAGAAGUCGGUCGAGAUUAAUUCUAUACAGGAGAGCGUGUGGCUGAGGCUCGGCUACGCAGCCCUAAUGACGGAACAAUGGGAGACCUCGGCGAGGGCCUACCGCCGCUAUACAUACCUACAGCCCAACACGUUCGAAGCAUGGAACAAUUUGGCCAAAGUGUAUGUGAAUCAAGGAGAUAAGAAUAGAGCCUACAGAGCCUUGAUGGAAGCGCUGAGAUUCAACUAUGACAACUGGAAGCUAUGGGAGAACGUGAUAAUGGUGAGCAUGGACACGGGCCACUUCGAAGAUGUCAUCAGAGGCGUCCACCGCAUGCUGGAAUUGCAGAACAAGUUUGAAGAUACAGAGCUGCUGCAUUUAUUGGUACGGGCUGUCCUGCAGGACGCCAGGGACCCUGAUGGGAACGGUGCCGCUAGGCUCAGAAAACGCGUGCUGGAACUAUUUGGCAGGAUAACGUCUGUGCACCCGAACAAGCCGGAGAUCUGGCAACUGUAUUCGGACCUCAGUCCCACAUACUUGUUGAAGGCGCAACGUCUGCUCAAAGCAUACAGGGGUUUUACACAGAGUGGCAAAUGGCCGAACGAUCCUAACACCAGCAAGAAGGUUAUAGAAGUUGCUCAGAACCUGCUGGACUUCAGCAUAAAAGCUAGAAAGGAGUGCGAAGAUAAAGAUAAGCUGCAAUGCGAUCAACAGCUCUCUUCCGCGAGGUUGACUGGUCAGGCGGUUAUAAGAGCAGUAGAGAAGCAGGACUGGCCAGAUACAAAGAACAGUCUUGAAGAAUUAAAAAAUAUGUUCAAUGAUGUAACGGAAUAUAUGAAAUCAGUUAUUUAUUUCUGUCUUUUAUUUUCCGCUUAA